GUCCUUGAAUAUCCAGCUAUGCUUGAACUCGGGGCCAUCGUGUUGGGCCUCGCUGCCCUCGCAGCAGGUCAGGACACCCCACCGAGUACGUACCCGCAUAACUACACCGGGAUACCGAGUACUGCUUAUGGCCCUGACUGGCAAAGCUACUUCGAGGUUACGGAGCCUCUUCCGAACGUAACCGUUACCCUCUCGCGCAACUGGGCGGGAAGUCUCAGCGUGAAUCGCGCGGGUCAUCCCAAUGACACGUUGUUCUUCUGGGGCUUCGAGAAAGAAAACGGAUCUCUUACAGCUCAAGCUGGAGAGAAGUCCGACGAGCCUUGGUUGAUUUGGCUCAAUGGAGGUCCUGGAGCUUCGAGUUUCUUGGGCUUCAUGGGAGAGAACGGACCUCUGCAUGUGACGAACACGUAUUCGAUCGUCCCGAACAACUACAGCUGGGACAAGUUAAUUGACUCUAUAUGGGUUGACCAGCCUGUUGGUACCGGGUAUUCGACCGCUGAUGCAACUGGAUAUAUUGCCGACGAGGAUCAAAUGGGGCAGGACUUCCUUGGUUUCUUAACGAACCUCGUGGCGGUCUUCCCCAGUCUUGCGGAACGUCCGCUUUACCUCACCGGAGAGAGUUAUGCGGGGACAUACAUCCCCUACAUCACGAAAGCCAUAUUUUCUUCACCGAACCCUCCUGUGAAGCUAGCGAAAUUCGCGAUCGGUGACGGAGCUACCGCUUCCCUCUCGGUGUUCGAGAUGUUGCCGAUGCUCAGUGUCAUCGAAACGUACCCCCAGCUCAUCAGCUACGACCCUGAUGUAUACGACUACUUCAAGACGCAGACCCACUUGUGCGGCUACGACUUGAACCUGUCGUACCCCGAGACUGCACCCUUCCCCACCCUCCCUCUGCAGUGGGGAACCAUCAUCAAUGGUUCAGUUGUCAUGGACAGGAAGCGUAACAAGUUUAGCAAGUCGGCGUUCAAGAAUGGAUUAGCCACCAAGAUCAAGCAGCAGGGAGAACUGCUUACUGCUAGAGAUCUCGAAACGAGGGAAGAACGCAGACAGUCAUGGAAGCGCGACCUCCUUCGUCGGUCCAACGACACCCUUGACCCAUACUACGGAUGUGACCUAUUGGACCACGUCAUCGACUACGUGCUGAACUACACUUUCCCUUGGAAGGGCAACGAUUAUAAUGGCUUUGACGUUUACUUCGUCCCUGAUGCCCUUGAUCCCGAGGCGCCUCUGGAUCCCAGCGUUUUCCUGAACGAUAACCAGACCCGUGCUGCGUUGCAUGCGCCCACCAGCAAGGACUGGGUUCUGGAGUUCGAUUAUCCUUUCGGCUCCACCUACAACUACACUUUCCCUGGAGGCGGAACGAACGAAUUCGGUGACCCUAGCGUCGAACCGAUGGCCUUCCUGUCCGAGUUGGCCCAGAAUGCGACUAAGAAUAAUGUAUCAAUGAUAUUCUAUUCUGGAAAUGCUGACCUACUCGUUGGUCACCGUGGAACUGAAGUGACAAUCCAAAAUACUACUUGGGGAGGGAUCCAGGGUUUCACUCGCAAGCCUUCCACUCCCUGGUAUGACGAUGAUGGCAACUUUGCUGGGAUCGUCCAUCAAGAGCGGAAUCUGACUUAUGUCUUGUUCGUGGGCGCAGGGCACGAGGUUCCUGAGUAUGAGCCCGCCGCGGCAUGGGUUUUCUUGCGAGAAUUUAUCCUGGGAUCCAACACCACUGGCCUUGUGACGACUUCCGGAAACGGUACAGUCACCGUCGUUGGUGGAGAGAGCUCAGUGCUGGCCGAGGAUGUACUGCCAGCUGCCAGUGACCCCAUAUACUACGGACCAGGUACGACGGUGUCGUCGUAUAUUCCAUCGAGCGCCACGGUGGCUGCCUGGGAGAGCUUCAUUGCCACUGCUACCGCGACCGUGACAACGGUGGAGAGUUCCGUGGUCGCGAGUCCCGUGGUGGCAAGUUCUGCGGUAGCCAGUUCCGCUGUAGCAACUCCUUCAGUAUUCUAGGCAACGCAGUGUUUAUUAAGAAAGCGGACUCGGAUUUGUGGUAUCAUUUAUAUCAUGCGUCAGUCUACUUUGCAGAUUGCUCGCACCUUCCACUCCGUUACAGUAUGUGAAGUCUUCCCGAAGAGCUAUCGCAUAUCGCAAGGCAGG